AUGACUUCGAAUGAUACCAAACCCAAGUCCUCUCAGGGGGCCCAGUCUUCCCAGGCACAGCCCUCAGUGAGUGAGGAGCGAGAGGAGGAGAUCUCCCCUACCCCACCGGUAGUUCAGCCCAAGGGCCGUCGCCGCCGCGGUGCCUUCAGCGCCGAACCGUACACAGAGGAGGAUGCCACGUCAUACGUCAAGAAGGUGAUUCCGAAAGAUUACAAGACUAUGGCAGCGCUCUCCAAAGCCAUAUCAAAGAAUGUUUUAUUCUCCCACCUGGAUGAGACAGAGAGAAGUGACAUAUUUGAUGCCAUGUAUCCGGUCAAGCACGAUGCUGGCCAGGUGGUCAUACAGCAAGGAGAUGAAGGCGAUAACUUCUAUGUCAUUGACUCCGGAGAAGUUGACAUCUUUGUUGAUGGUGAGCGUGUCGUCACUCUGAGCGAAGGAAGCAGUUUUGGAGAACUGGCCCUCAUCUAUGGCACCCCAAGAGCUGCAACAGUCAAGGCUAAAACUGAUAUGAAAUUGUGGGGAAUCGACAGGGACAGCUACAGACGAAUUCUCAUGGGAAGCCAGGUACGCAAGAGGAAGAUGUAUGAGGAAUUCCUCACUAAGGUUUCAAUCCUUGAAAACCUUGAUAUUUGGGAGAACUUGACUGUUGCUGAUGCCUUGGAGCCAGUACAAUUUGAUGAUGGUGAGAAGAUUGUUGUACAAGGAGAACAGGGUGAUGAUUUCUUCAUGAUCAUUGAGGGCCAAGCAGCUGUUCUUCAGCGCCAUGGCAGCGACUCAGACAUGAUUGAAGUGGGCAAACUAGGACCAUCGGAUUACUUUGGUGAGAUUGCCUUACUGCUAGACCGACCCCGUGCUGCCACUGUGGUGGCCCGUGGCCCCUUGAAGUGUGUCAAACUGGACAGACAACGCUUCGAGCGUGUUCUUGGACCUUGUCAGGAGAUCCUCAAGAGGAAUAUCUCCAGUUACAACAGCUUCGUACAGCUCUCUGUAUAGAUCUCAUCUCUCGUACUAUUCCUCUCCAUUCUCCAGCUUGCUCCCUCCCUUGGUCCUCCCUUGCACGCCCCACCUUUUCCCUUCUCUCUAUUCCAAUUCUAUUUGUCUCUCUCAGUCUCUUCCUCCUAGUUUCCCUCUGAUCACUUCCUUCUUCCUUUCAUAACUCCUCUUGUUCUUCCUCUCUUUCUCUUCGAGAAGAUUACUAAGGUUUGUCUUAAUUUUAAUUCAACAAAUGAGAGGGUAAGGUGUAGGACUGUAGCUUCAGAGUUCCACAGUGUUAUGUCAUGGUGUCCCCUUCCCGUUUAUGUUACACCUCAAUUGUCUGAUUGGGAAGGUGCAUUGUCUCUGAGUAUAGACCCUCCUUUUAAAUGCCAUUGAUGUGGUAAUAGAGUUUUAUUAUAAAGGGAGUUUCUGUGGAAUUAUUAAGGUAUUUUUAAACUCAGGAGGGUAGCACUAGCAUUGAUCAGUGUGGCUUGUCAUGAACAAAUAGUCAGUGACAUUCGCCGACUAUUUGUUCAUGAAAUGAUACUGCAAAUCCUUGCAUCUGAUUGGCUGAGAGCCAUUUAGUAAGUGAAAUCAUUGACAAAACAUUUCAUGAAACUCCCCUGGUGAUAAUCUUGAUUGAUUCUCCAUUAUUAUGAGGCAGGAGGGGGGGGCUAUGGAGCUGUGUUAUUUUUAAUCUGUGUGUACAUUAUCCCACAACAGAUAUGCAUCUCAUACUUUGCUGAACAGUAGUAUGUACAUUUAAUUAUGCGGAUUACAUUGAUGCAGUGCAGGAAGCGCCUUGUGUCCUACAUAUUCCAAAUCAAAGGAUUCUAGGUAUUGGAUAUGCCAUGAUAUACUGGUAGGUGAUUUUGACCGAGAGCAUGUCAUGUCUCAUUAUAGCUGAAGAAAAUUUAAGCAGAAGAAAUAGGAGGCUGAACACUAGCCAGCAGUACCUCUUUUCUGAAGAUACAUCAUUCUGUAGUAUAUGUUCUUGUGGAAGCGCCGUGGUGUAGCGGUUCUGACUCUCGCCUUGUAAUCAGAGGGUCGUGUGUUCAAAUCCCACCAUGGCCUAGCGUACUUUGGCAAGGCGUCAAUCCACACUUUGCCACUCUCACCCAGGUGCUAAUUGGGUACCGGUAGGAAACAACUGUCAUUGUGGUUGGUUUAGCAAGUGUGCAGCUAACAGGCUGCUUGAAAUGCUAUGAAUUCAGUGACCGGGUAAUAAUAAUUGUGAAGCGUUCUGAGCAGUCGUAGAUAGAUAAAGCGCUUUAUAAAUGCCAAUUAUUAUUAUUAUUCUCAAGAUAACUUUGAUGAAGGAAAAAAUAAAUUGUGUCUUUCCUCCAAAAUGAGGAGACAAUGGAUAUACUCCAUACUAAUCUUUGUUAUCUGGGAGUAUUGAAGGGUAUCUGAAAAUCGUUUGUUCUAAAUCAUUGCAAUUUCAUCAUGCUUGGAGUGCUGAAGGUCCAAUUCUCAUCGAGGGAAACUACCAUGACACCAGUAUAUGAGUUUAUCUAAUCUAACCCCUGACAAAAUCAGAUCCUCUGUGCGUGUAAUUUGCUUUCAUAUAUUAUACCUGCCUUUUAGCAGUUGGAGAGGAGGUGGGAUGUAGACUACUCUGGAUGAAUAGAUGAUUUCUUAUUUAUUGUGAUUUUAGGUCCCUGAACCGGUGUGGUGGGUGGUCUUGAAUUAACCAUGCUUGGAUUGGCAUGGGUAGCCCUGGGCCCCGUCUUACAAAGAGUUACGAUCAAUUCAAUCAACCGUAACUCCAUGGAAAUCCGUCAGUGUCAUAAUUUCUUCUACAGGAAAUUCAUAAAAUGUCCUUUGUAAACAAAGGAGAACACACUGAAUUGUCGAGAAAUCAAUGAAUUUAUGGAUAUACAUUCAUAUCUAGAUUUUUUUUUGAACAAACAUGCAUUUUAUAUGUUGACGUUGCUGGCCGUCCAUACUUUGUGAUUGAUCGGAUCAAUCUCAACUCUUUGUAAGACGGGGCCCAGGAUCCUUGUCUGUGUCCCAUGGGUUUCUGUUUAACCCUGUGUAUGUAUAUAGAUGACAUUGUUUAUUCAUUAGUCACUGGUGCUGUGUGUUAAUGGAGAGAGGGUUUGACAUCGCUCAAUAGUACAACGUUUAACUUGAAUUUGUUCUUGUCAAUUUUAAGAGGUUAUGCAUGAUUUUCAUAACUCUUAUCAUUCUUAUCAACAUGAAUAGUUGGAUUUGUUUUCAACUAGUGCAUCAUUGAAUUUCUCAGUACAGUUUUGUGUGGGGUAGUAUUGAUAAUCGAGACUCGACCAACUCUUUGUUUCUCUCUCUUAUUUCUCUUAUGUACUUUUGUUUCAUUGUACUUCGUAUGUACAGAAUUUUAUGUGCGUUGAUAUCAGCAAAAUAUUUGAGAUCCUCUAGAGAAAAAAGUAGAGGAAAUACUGCCUCUGGACUUCAGUAUUAAAUUCAUAUCAGUUCUGUUUGAAAAUCUGCCCAUGGAAACUAUAUAUAUGCUCAGUGAAAUCAAUGUUGUAAUGCCCAUCUUACUAAAAGAUGCAAUUGAUCCAAUCAAUAAUGGAAAUCAAUCAAUGUCAAAGUUCUUCAUAUAGGAAAAGUGCACAAAAUGUCUCUUUGGAAAUGAGGAGCACAGUUUUACACGUUGGAAUAUAUAUAUACAUGUAUAUAUCUGGGGCCUGUUUCAUAAAAGAUCAGUUAAAAGCUACUGAGAUUAUUCAACUUGAUUGGCUGAUAGCAAACUUGCUAUAGAAAUUAUGCAUUUGUUAUUAUUAGAAGUCUUUAAGAAACGGGACCCAUGUCAAGAAAACUCCGUAAAUGGACAUAUUAGAUGUUGGGGUCAUUGGCUUUCCAUAUGUGGGGUUAGUUGGAUCAAUCGCAACUUGCUGUAAGACAGCAAGGGCCCUGGUUAGUACAUUAGACUGAGAAGCACAAAGUUCCUUUGCAUAUCAUUAUAAAGGAGCACCACUCUUGCAAGAAGCCGAUUCUUGUUUCAUACACUGCAAAAAUCAGUGGUGUUGAAAUUACACCACCAGUGUUUUCAAGAGGAUUACACCAGUGUUAACUUCAUGGUGUAAGUUACUAAAGCAUAUUCUGCUUGUUAUUUUAACACCUUUGGUGUUAUAUUCAAACCUAGUCAUGUACCUUUAACACUUUAGAGUAUGGUCCUCUCAGAACAUCAAUUGGUGUUAUUCCUAACACUGCAGUUUUUGCAGUGUACUAAUAUCUUCUUGGUAAGACAAUUAACAGAUAUGUCAUUAUGACAUCAUCGAGUGAUGAAUAUCAAUGGUAAUUGGAAUGAUUUUUAAUGUUUUUUCUCAUGUAUCAGAUAAGUGGUGUGCUUUUAUUAUUGUAUUAAUGUCAAUAUUCCAGAACAACCUUUGAAAUGUGUUCAAGUACUUGUCUUUUUAACUACCCGAAGCUUGUAAAUAGAACCAUGUGUAGUUAGAAUCCCUAUGGUCUUUUGGAGAUAUCUCUUAUAAUUUUUGCCCAUUAUAAAUAAAGCACCAAAUGUCUCAUUUGAUAUGAUUACAUUUUUAAAUCGAUAUAUUAUUUGUUAAUAUUUUCUGUAAUUCUACAUGCCACCAUGAAGGGAAUUAUGAUAUCAUUCUGUGGACUUCAUGUAUACCUUCUUUUGAACUAUUUUUUUCUUGCACAAUAGAUUGUUUAUAGAUAUAUAAAAAGAGCAUUAACUAUUGAAUAUCUGUGUGUUGUCUUUUCUUGUAGAGUAUACCCUGAAAAAAAAAUGUUCUGUGAAAUUAUAUUAUACUAUCAUUAAAUUCAAUGAAUGGUGGUGUCUAAAGAAA